GAAUUACCGGUCAGACCAAGAGUUGCCGGAGCCAGAGCAAAUCCUGGGCAAAAUUUGACUCAAAGCGGCAAGUCCAGCUCCAGUUCAGCGAAUCCUGGUGUGACUAGGAUUGAGCGUGAACCCCAGCUUAAUCAUGGGCUUGACUUGAAACCUGGAUCAUCUCGUAAGCUGGUUUUUCCACCUACACACCAACUGAACACUAAUUAUCAUCAGCCCAAGAUUAUGGCUCAAAAGAUAGCAGAGCCGGACAAUUAA